AUGCUUCAGUGCCUGGAUUUAUAUGACCUUUCGGGCCUGACCAGGCUCUCCAAGUCCUUUCCCGAGCUCUGCAGACUGGAGCUGUGUUUUAUGGUUAAAGUUGGAUUCUCAUUCUUCCCGGAUGACUUAUGGAAGCUCUCUUCUCUUGUGGUCCUCGGUCAUGCAACACUGGCCAAUCUUCACAACUUGCCAGACUAUUUCUUACAGCUUCCCGCACUGGAGGACUUGAACUUGGAGAGGUGCAAGCGGCUGGCUCAGUUACCCACGGGCCUGCAGCAGAUGGCGAAGCUGCAGGCAUGCACUGUCGAUGAGUGCCCUCUUCUUUCUGCACGGCAGAAGAUGGUGAUUUGUGGUACAGUGAACCUGGACGAGGGAGAGGGUGCAGUGGGUGGCUCAGAGGAGAUUGGGGAGGAGAAUGAGGGAGAGCGUGUGGAAGGAGAGGUGAGCGAAGGAGAGUGGAGUGAAGGGGAGGAAGGAGAGGUGAGCGAAGGAGAGGUGAGCGAAGGGGAGGGGAUUGAAGCGGAGGAAGGAGAGGUGAGCGAAGGGGAGGGGAGUGAAGGGGAGGAAGGAGAGGUGAGCGGAAGGGAGGGGAGUGGAGGGGAGGAACGAGAGGUGAGCGAAGGGAAGGGGAGGGGAGUGAAGGGAAGGAAGGAGAGUGAGGAGGACGAGGGUGGCAAGGAUGGGGAGGUGAAAGAGGAAUGGCAGCACGCUCCCCGCCUCUAUACCCCCCUCCCCUCCGAUCUCCUCCUCCUCAUUGUCUUUGACUCCGCCCUCUCCCGAGGAGACACAUCAGCAGCCAACUCCACCGGCUUUGCUGCCGACGCCCCAGGCGGUGCUGAGCUGGCAUCUCUCGAUGACACGCUGCAGCCGUUCAAAAAAAUCACGCAGCUUGGGCUGGGCAAGCCAGAUGUGCUUUUAAAGGGGGAGGCCAGCUCGUGGCAGGGGGUCGGCGCCGCUAAAACGAACCAAGCCAGCAAGGAGUCCCUCGCGUUUCUGGGCAAGCCAGAGGCAGCAGAAGGGCAUGAGAUUAUAGUGGGGAGCAUUGUUCGGGGCAUAAGAGACGUGCUCGAGGCGGAGAGGCCGGCGGCGGGAAUCAUCCUCACAAAGCAGCUCGUCAACGCGCCGCCCAAUGUGCUCAAGCCAGCUGUGCUUGUUGACGUGGUAGUGAACCUGACUGCUGCCCACGCAGAUGUGCUAAGCGCGCGUAUCUUAGAAAAGGACGAGUGUGCCGCUCUGGGCAUGGGGUCGUACCUGGCAGCGGCGGAGGCAUCAGCGGCAGACAACCCGCCCAAGUCCAUCCACGUUACGUACACACCGCCUGUUGCUGGGGAUGGUGGAGAGGGGGGCGAGGAGAAGCCGCUGAAGAAGCUGGCUCUGGUCGGCAAGGGGCUCACCUUUGACAGUGGUGGAUACAACCUGAAGGCGGGCCCAGGCUCAAUGAUUCUCCUGAUGAAGUUUGACUUGGGCGGCGCUACUGCUGUGCUGGGCGCUGCCAAGGCCAUCGCUGCCAUCCAGCCGCCUGGGGUGGAUGUGAGGCCACACCAUGCAAGCACACAGGCACCGCCAGCAUCGCUAAGGCCAUCGCUGGCAUGCAGUGGAGGUGGCAUGAAGCCGGACGACAUUAUCACUGCCUCCAACGGCAAGACCAUUGAGGUGCGGUGCAGUGCAAAUAGCGGGCUUCUGGCACUACCCAUAACACGGCCGCCCCGUCCCUUCCUCCUCUUUCCCGUCCCUUCCUCCCCUUCCCGUUCUACCGUUCCCUGCCUCUUCCUCGCCUUCCCUUGUGCCCAUCCCCUGGCAGGUGAACAACACAGACGCGGAGGGGAGGCUGACACUAGCGGAUGUGCUGCUACAUCCCUCUCCCAUACACCCUCCCACAACCAACCACCUCCACCAUCUUUCUCCCACCCACCACCACUAGGUCGCUUUACCCAUCUCCCUCACCACUUGGUCUCCACCGUCUUUCCCGCCAUCUCCCUGUUCCUCCUCCCUGCCACCACUCCCAGGUCUGUUCCCCCGAGCGACGAGCUGCCAGCGGAGCUGGAGGCGUCCUCUCGGGCGUGUGGCGACAAGGUGUGGCGCAUGCCCAUGAAGGAGGCGUACUGGGAGGGCAUGCGCAGCAAGCAUGCCGACAUGCUCAACAACGGCGGCCGUGAGGGCGGUUCCAUCACUGCAGCGCUCUUCCUCAAGCAGGCGCAUGGAGAAUGGAGGAGGUUAAGAAAGCACAAGCCUUGUUAUUCUCGCACUUGUUAA